AGUGGCCAAGCGAGCAGAGACAAGCAGUAUCAAAAGGCGCAUUCUUCUCCAGAGUCGCGCCGCCAUCCUCCUUCUCCUUCUGCGCCCGCACUCCGGCCGCUUCCCUUUGCUCGCCGCCUCACCGGCGGCCGGGAGAGAUGGGCAAAGAUGGACUCGGCGGCGACGGGCCGGAGGUGCCGCUGCUGCUGAAGAAGACGCACGUCCACGGCAACUGCCCCGGGUGCAGGCUUGACCGGAGGAAGGAGACGCGGACGGGGGUGCCGUACACCGAGUUCGCCUGCAUGUGGCUCGUCACCGUCUGCUCCACCUUGCCGAUACAGUCCUUGUUCCCCUUCUUGUAUUUUAUGAUAAGGGACCUGCACAUUGCUAAACAAGUGGAAGAUAUUGGAUUUUAUGCUGGUUUUAUUGGCGCAUCAUAUAUGAUUGGUAGAGCACUUACCUCUACAGUAUGGGGAAUCGUGGCCGAUAAGCAUGGGAGGAAACCUGUUUUUGUAAUUACCCUUAUUGCAGUAAUUAUAUUGAAUACACUAUUUGGACUCAGCUCCAGUUAUUGGAUGGCAUUGACCACAAGAUGUUUGCUUGGGCUGUCGUCGGGUAUGCUGGGACCAAUUAAGGCUUAUGCUACAGAAGUAUGCCGGAAAGAAUAUAGUCACCUAGCUUUAUCGCUUAUUUCUUCCUCACGUGCUAUAGGCCUCAUUGUUGGACCAGCCAUCGGUGGUUAUCUUGCACAGCCAGCAGAUAAAUAUCCAGGCAUAUUCUCUCAACAAUCCAUAUUCGGGAGGUUUCCAUACUUUCUCCCCUGCCUAUGUAUAUCAGUCCUUGCCAUCGUUGCUUUAAUUUCUUGCAUCUGGCUUCCGGAAACUUUGCAUAAACACAAUCAACCUGCGGAUUCAAAUAAUUCAAUUGAAGUCGUAGAAGAAUCUGUAUCUGAACCUAAUGCUGAGGAAAGUGGUGGUGGAUAUUGGAGUUUAUUCACAAACUGGCCAUUGAUGUCCUGUAUCACUGUAUAUUGUAUUUUCUCUCUUCAGGAUGUAGCUUAUGCAGAGGUAUUUUCUCUUUGGGCUGUCAGUGACAGGAAGUAUGGUGGAUUAAACUUUACUUCUACAGAUGUGGGCAAUGUCCUUGCACUCUCAGGCUUCUGCCUCCUAAUAUAUCAAAUUUUGAUUUACCCAUCGGUUGCAAAUGCUGUAGAACCUGUCACAUUAGUCCGUGCAACUGCAUUCUUGACACUGCCACUUCUUUCAAGCUAUCCAUUCAUGACUGCAUUAUCAGGGUUCAAUCUUCAGUUGGUAGUUAAUUGUGCAUCUUCUCUGAAGAAUGCUUUCCAAGUAUCUACCAUCACCGUCUGCAAUAUUUUGAUGAAUGAUGCUGUGAGUCAAGACCUAAGAGCAUCAGCGAAUGGCCUUUCUGUAACGUUAAUGUCCAUUUUCAAAGCUAUCGCUCCUGCUGUUGCAGGUAUUAUAUUUUCCUGGGCUCAGAGGCGCCAAACUGCUUCAUUUCUUCCAGGCGAUCACUUGGUGUUCUUCAUGCUAAACACGGCUACAGUCAUCGGUCUUAUAUGCACUUUCGGACCGCACUUUGCUGGGAACAGAAAGAAGCAUUGAUGCAGUUACACUGGGUUACAACCUGGGCAGAACCAGGAUCUAUAUUCUUCUAUCUUGUGAUAUUCUUACCCCUUGAGCAUAGUAUAAUUCGCUGCACGCCGUGUGUUUUUAUUUAUUACUGCGCCCUAUAGGGUUGUUAAGGACAUGGGUGCAAGCAAAGCUGCGCCCUCGAAGACGGGUGAUUUCCGUAUAUGAGAGAAACACGUGGGUGAGGUGGCAUUUUUUUUGUAAUUAUAGCAUGUGUGAUCAGUUCUCCCCUUAAUAAAUAAUCUCUGAUCAGUUUCGAGAUUCCAAAUGGGCCAGAAUCCGCCCGCUUCUCCUCUC